AUGCCGCUCUCUCCGGACGCUGACAACAUCCACCCCUCGGUCGAGCAGCCCGCCGACGACCUCCCCCCGCCAUACACCUCGCAGGCAGUUGUGCAGCUCUACCCCGCCGCGUGUGGUGGUAACAUCUUCGCGGGGCCGGAAAGUCUGCAGCGCAUGAUGGAACUACGAUGGCAGGGGCAAGAGCCGCCUGCUGAGCUGCCGGAAGACCUGCUGGGCAUCAUGGAUGGCGCCCUUACGCAACAAGAGGCCACGACUAUCGCAGCCGAGCUGGCGGGCCUACUGCGGCCCGGCUAUGUGUACUGGGUUGCUGCCACAAUGGAGAAGAACCGCAUAGACCGUCGGAUGCGACCGUGGAUCUACAAGAAAUACGACCAGGAGAGGCGAUAUGUCAACGACAUAUUCGAAGGGCGCCUUGGGACGCACCGAUUGGGCGUCCUUGUUCGCCACAAUAUUAAGCGCAGAUGGGGGGCGCUCAACAUCUGGAAUCCCAAAUGGGGUUUUGCCGGCCGCAGCAUGCUGGCUAGCGAUGACGCCAAUGCGUGGCAGUGGCCGUGGGAGCCGCCCAUGCACCAGGGAUUUGCCCACUCCGAGUUUCUACGCGACGCCUAUUAUGAGACGCUCAUCGCACUCGUCCUGCGCCAGCGCAUGGGCGUGCACCGUCACCAGGAGAUCCCCAUUUCGGCUUAUAUGUCCAAUGAGCCCUUCGAGCCACUGAGCCCUGCCGACGCUGAGGUAUGGCUCAUCACCCGUCCAUGGGUCACCUUCCAGAUUGAGGUCGCUGAGGAGUGUAUGAGAUACUUGCGUUUAUCUCCGGAGCAACGCCGUUGCCAUCCCCACUACCCUCGCGGAGAGGUCAUUAAGUGGUGGAAGGCCCGCGGGGACUGGAGGGACGAGUUCGAUAAUCUUGUGGAGCAUGGCCUCUUUAGCUACGUCGAGUCGGUAAACGCCUGGACGUGGCGCUGCGAGUAUCCAUCCCCGGAGCCGGAGAGCAUCACGCCCAUCAGCCCCUAUCAUAGGCGCCCGCUGCAGGAGACGGAGAUUGACUUUAGCGAGUCCGAAGUUGAAGAUCUGGAAACCACUGAACUACCAGAGGAUGAACAACCCGAGUCUCACUGGUCGAGGCCCAGCUACUCCUACGACGGGCCACUGCACUUCCCCGGACCACUGCCCUUCCCCGGACAGACUGAAAGUCUCGAGGAGGAGCGUAGGCGCCAUGCAACUACCGUUCCCCGUGCCCCACAACAGCGACCUGGCGAGGGCCUCUUUGGAUCGCCGUCGGGUUUCCUCAGACAGCCCGGGAAUCCCCCCGACCAGUACGAGAAUCUCUUUGGACAGCCGGGGAAUCCCGUUGGGCCGCCCGAGGACGCGCAUAGCGCGGCGCCUAGAGAGGAGGGGCGGGAGGACGAGGACCGGGAGGACGAGGAUGAGGAGGACGAGGAUGAGGAGGGCGGGGACCGGGGGGACGAAGAUGAGGAGAACGAUAACGAUGAGGAACAUGGCGACGAUGACUCACAAGCGCCCCAGGGAGAAGAAGCCCCCGCUAGCCUUCCUUCGUCCCAAGGACCACCACGGCGCCGGCCCGUUGCCCAAUCCCAGCAGCCCACCUCGGCCGGGUCCCAGUCGUCUCUGCGGCGCAGCACUAGGAUCGCAGCCCGGAGGCGUCCUGCCGAGGAGGAGUUGAACCCAUUUCGGGCGGGGGCAGUUGCAGCGAUUACAGCACCAAACAAGAGGCGCAGGGUGAUCCCGGGUGGUUGGUCGUCGGUGACGGGAGAGAGACCGUCUGCCGCCGCACCCCCGCAGUCGAAUUGUUUGCCAAUGUAG